AUGACUGUGGCGUCAUCGUCGGAUGGCGCUCUUCAGGAAACUGUUCUACAAGAAACCGCCGGAUCGGCUAUUGGAGAUCAGCGACAGAGUCUACGAGCUCUUGCUUCCUUAUUCAACUUGGGAUUUUGUUCUUUGCUUGCAGUGUUUGACUGCUGUUUUUCAUCCGCCAUUUUGGAAGAAGACGAGUACAAGAAUUACAUGGUUAAUAUUGUUUCGCAGUUACAGACCAGUUUUCCUGAAGCUUCUAUCAUGGCGUUUAAUUUCAAAAAGAGUGAAGCUAGAACCCCGUUUAUGGAAAUUCUUGCCUACUACAAUAUCAGUGUCAUAGAGUAUCCUGACGGAUACCACGGAUGUCCUCUACUUCCCUUGGGAAUGAUUUACCAAUUUUUAAGGUCUUGUGAAAAGUGGUUAUCAUCUGGGGGGCAUCAGAAUGUUCUUCUGAUGCACUGUGAAAGAGGAGGUUGGCCUGUUCUCGCUUUCAUGCUUGCAUCUCUUUUGCUCUACAGCAAUCAGUAUAAUGGAGAGGAAAGGACACUGGAAAUGAUGUAUAAGCAGGCCCCUAAGGAGCUCUUGAGCCUUUUAUCUCCAAUAAAUCCACUAUCUUCUCAUUUGAGAUAUCUUCACUAUAUCACCACACAAGGAAACAAUUUAGAGUGGCCUCCCUCCCCAGUGCCAUUCAUUUUGAAUUCCCUUAUUCUUAGAGUUAUUCCAGACUUUGAUGGUGCUGGGGGAUGUAGGCCAAUUGUUCGUGUCUAUGGUCGAGACCCUUCGAGCAUGAUUGAUAGUAGUAGCUCUAGGGUUCUUUUCUCAACAUCAAAUGUGACAGAACAAGUUCGACAUGUCAGACAGGUAGGGGCAGAUAGCACACCGACCGUGAUUGAUGUUCAUUGUGGCAUUCAAGGAGAUGUUGUCCUUGAAUGUACACAUUUGGCUGAGGAUCUGGAACAUGAGGAGAUGAUGUUUAGAAUUACAUUCAACACUGCAUUUAUUCAACAAAAUGCUCUGUUGCUGAGUAAGGAUGAGAUAGACAUCAUGUGGGGUAUUGGAGAUCGAUUCUCAAGAGACUUCAAAGCAGAGGUACUGUUUUCAGAAUAUGACAAGGAUUCUGACAACCACCGGAGAGUUGCAGCGGUAGAUGAAGAUGAAUUGGAAGCGGAAGAAUUUUUUGAAGCAGAAGAGAUCUUUAGCAAUGCUGAUUUGCAAGACGGAUCUAGAGAUUCAGAUAUUCGUACAGUUCGAACUGUUCUAAAUGAUAGCACUCCAUCUGAAAUUUCAAAAUGGGAAGGUCUACUCAGUCGUAAACUGGAAUAUGGUAAAGCAUGGAACCUUAAGACUGAUAAGGCCCAAGAAAUUUCUAUCUUAGAUGAUUCUGGAAAAGAUUGCAGUAUCAAUUGUAUCACUUCAUCACUGGAUAAAGAUAAGAACAACCUAGAAAUCAAACCUUCCAAUUAUCAUGCUGACGAUGACGACACCGAGGAACAAUCAUUUCAUGAUGGUAGUCCUAUAUUUAGAACUCCUAAAAUGUUUGACCUCAUACAAGAAGUUAAAAAAAAUGUUUCUCUUGUAAAUGAAGGGAUGAUUUCACCGUUUGUUGGUUACUUGAAUCAGGAAGCAGAGUGCCUUACAGACGCCAAUUCUUUAGGCUUAAUUGAUUCAAGUGUAGUAGGUGAUGGAAGUAGCAGGUUAGAAACUGUGUCUACAGAUAAAUUGGAGGACUGUGGAGUAAAUGAAGUUUUUAAAAAGGUUCUAGAUAAGGAGUUUAUAGAAAUGGGAUCUGUUUUUGAUGAAAAUGUUCCUGACUCUAGGACCUCUAGCAUGACUGAUUUCAGAAAGGACGCAGAGGAGACUCUUAAUUCAGACGUUCAAGGAAUGACCUCCUUAGAAUCCCAUAGUUUGAGACAGGGCUUGAAGGGCACUAUGCCAAUUGCUUCAGGUGAGAUGACUGAGAGUUGGGAAACUCCAUUUUUGCUUGGUGAAAGUGCUUUGGAAGAUGAAAAUAUCAAAAAGGAUGUUAGUGCUGAUUUUCCUGCAAUAAACUUAAUCCGUUGUAGCGAGCCUACUCAUUCCGGGAGGUCAGAAAUUGAUGAGAUUAAUAGCAAAGCUCGUGAUUUCCAAAUAGAUGAUGUUGUCACCCAGCCUAAGGAGUUGCUUGAGGUUCUUUGUGAAAAUUCAUUGGUUGGUGCCUGUAGAGAAAAGCUUCAGGAACAGCUUCUCACUAUUGGACAAGACGAACCAAAUUGCACAGUGGAUAUGCCUUCUGAUUCAGUUAUAACGGUGCAACAGGGGGAACAACAGAAAUUGAUUGACAAUCAUGCCAAACAUGAGGAAUCACAAACAAUAUCUUCUAAGGAAUCUGCCAACAAAUAUUCUAAUGCGAAUGUGAUCCGCCUGCCAUCUCCUUCACUCAUGCUUAACAGCUUGCUACCUUCUUUACGAACCUCCAGAUUUUUGCAAGAAGUUGAAUCCACAGAGUCACCAAAUGUUGCUACAGAAUCAACAGUAAUAUUACCUUUGCCACCAUCUUUCACGAAGGCUUGCCCAUCUUCUGCCACCUCUACACAGAGUUCACCCCAUUCCUCUUCUCAGUCAUUACAAACACAUCACUUAAAUGCUACUUGCACCCUUCCACUUGAAACCAUUUCUUCUCCUACUUUACCAGAUGCCGUUUCUGAAAAUAACUCUCCUACUUUACUAACUGCACAAACUCCAUCGUUAUAUUUAGGACCUCUUUCAUCUACUACUGCUACUCCUUCGACCCCUCAAGCACAACCCUUCCAUUCUUCUUCUCCAGUCAAAGGCAUGGCUCCUCAAGUCCCAGGUCUUUACAAACCUCCAAGCCCACCUCCUCUUCCACCUUGGUCACCCCAUAAUGGGAGAGAAAUAUCAUCGUUAUAUCAGCACCCACUCCCUCACAAAGUCCCUGCAUAUUCCGAAUCCUUGCUUACAGCUGCUCCCGUCAUUGGCAUAACUUCUACAACCCCUUGCCCACCCCCUCCACCCCCACCACCAACUCCACAGUUAUCUCUUUCAACUCUGAAAUUCAGGGAAGAGCAUGUUUCAAUUUCCCCUUCACCUAUCCGAAACCCUCCCCCACCACCUCCCUAUCCUCCAACUUUUCACUCAACUGCUCUAGCCAAAAGCAUAACUCCACCAUCUCCACCUCCUCUAAAUCCACCAUCAUCAUCACUUCCUCUUUUUCCACUAGCUUCUUCUAUACCUCCUGAUUCUGCUACUCCUUUCAUUACCUCACCUUUGCUUUCUACUGCUCUAAUUAAUAUCAUACCUUCCCCACCUCAGUCAUCAGUACAUGUUACGGAACCUCCUACAUUGUCACCCGCACCAGCACCAUUCUCACCGCCUCUCUCCCCGCAUCCCACAUCCUUCCUUUCUGAGUUUCCAACUAACAGGAUAGCUCCUGCAUCUCCUCCAUCGCCACAGCCAUGCUCAGCACCCCCAAUCCCUCCACCUCCUUCCCCACCUCCACCACCACCUUCAACCCCUCAUCCACCUCCACCUCCACCUUCAACGCCUCCACCCUCAAUUGCAACCCCACCUCCAACCCCAAACCCUUCAUGCUCAUCAAUCUAUUCAUCCUCUUAUCCAGAUCUCAUACAUAACAGUUCCAAUGGUCUGCUCUCUUCUUUCUUACUUCCAAAUGGAGGAGGAAUAUGCCAAGCUCCAUCACCACCACCUCCUCCUCCUCCAACACCCCCUUUCAGGAAAAAACAAAGUGCUCUUGAAUUACUUGCAUCUUACCUACCUCCCUUGCCUCCAAUCAAUGUUAAACGUGCUAUAAAUGACCUUUUAACAAUACCUCCUACACCUUCUCCGAAUAUUGUUAAGAAAGGUGAGUUUCCCUUUCUCACUUCUCACCCACCUUUAUCACCGCCUCUACAGCAAGAAAUUAUUUCUGAAGGUCAUGGAGCAACGUCUCCACCAUUUCAACCCUUGGUAUCAUCAAAUAUAGCAAACCUUACUAGUGUUGAAACUUCUACUCCAAGUUCUGCAGAUCUUUUGUCCCAGGGACUUCCAGCAUCUCUUGGAGGUCCAUCUACUGCUCCACCACUGCCUCAUUCUCCUCCACCUCCUCUUCCUCCUCCUCCUCCUCCUCCUCCUCAAAGACAUGCUUCAUCUCCAUUCAAACCCAUUACCCCUCCUGUUGGAGAAUCUCUACCCGUAAAUUCAGUUCCUCCACCAGAGUUUACAGCUCCUUCAAGUGCUCUACCUCCAGCAAAUUCUCCAACUCCACCACCAUAUCCACCUCUGCCUAAUGGAAUGGCUCUAAAACUAACCCCAACUCCAUGCAAAGCUUCAGUUGCACCAACAGUCCUGGCAACUCCUCUUCCUCCUACGUCUCCAGGAUCUGCAACUCCAUGCCCUUCCCAUGGAGCAAAUCCACCAUUAACUUCACCACCACCCCCUCUCCUUGGAGAGACAUAUUUACCUUUCCUUGAAGGGUGCAGAAGACCUUCCAAUUCGCCACAAACUUCAUCUUGGGGCUUUGCAGAAGAUAAAUGUCAAACUUCUCAUAUAAAGUCUCCACCACCACCACCACCGCCUCCAGCCCCUCCAAAUUUUGGAGUUCGAGCACCACCUCUUAUACCUCUACCUCUAACAGGCAGACUUACAGAAUCGCCCCUACAACUCUCUCCACUGAAUUAUAGUGUGGCUCCACCACCACCACCUCCUCCAACUACUAGUAGAUGUCCACCGCCACCACCACCCCCUCCUCUAACUACUACAAAAGCUCCUCCUCCGCCACCACCUCCUUUAGCUACUAAUGCUGCUCCACCACCACCACCACCACCACCGAUACCACCACCUCCUCCCACUACAAUUGGUGCUCCACGUCAUUCUCUAACUACUAGCGGAGUUUCACCAUUGCUGCCAUCACUGCCCCCUACAUCCAUUAGCGGUGCUCCGUUACCACCCCCAUUUCCAACUAUUAGUGGAGCUCCACCACCCCCUCCUCCAGCUACUAGGGGAGUUCCACCACCCCCACCCCCUCCUCCAAUUAUUAAUGAAGCUACACCAUCAUCACUUAUUGGAGCUCCUAGGGGAACAUUGACAUCACCUCCAGUGCUUGGAGCUCCUAGGGGAGCACUGCCACCACAUCCACUCCCAGGAGGACCUGGAAGGGCUCCACCACCACCUCCUUUGCCAGGAAAACAUGGAACUCCUCCACCACCCCCACCUUUACCUGGUGGAUCUAGGGGAGCUUCUUCAACAUUGCAAAUUAUUGGAGGACAUAGUGGAGCUCCUCCUCCUCCACCUCCACCUGCUGCACGUGGUGGUGAAACUCGAUUACCACAGCCUCCCUCUGGAGGAAGUGUACCAUUGCCUCCAUUGCUUCCAAGGACUCCAGGUGCUCCUCCGCCACCUCCAGGCUCUGGUUUAAGAGGACCACCAGCAUUACAUUCAAUGGCAGAGGGAAAAGGACAUGGACUUGCAGGUUCGGCUAGUCCUGCAGCAGUAAAGAAGUCAUCAUUAAAGCCAUUGCAUUGGGUGAAAGUAUCAAGAGCUAUGCAAGGAAGUCUGUGGGCAGAAUUACAAAAGCAUGUUGAUGUCUACAGCACGCCAGAAUUUGAUGUUUCCGAGCUUGAGACACUUUUCUCAGCAGCUGUUACUAAAUCUCAAGGACGCGGCAAAUCUGCUACUAAAUCUGAUAAAGUUCACUUGAUUGAUUUAAAACGGGCUAAUAACACUGAAAUCAUGCUGACAAAAAUCAAAAUGCCGCUACCCGAUAUGAUGAAUGCUGCUCUAACAUUGGAUGAUUCUCUCCUAGAUGGUGAUCAAGUUGAAAAUCUUAUUAAAUUUUGCCCAACUAAAGAAGAGAUGGAGCUCCUUAAGAACUAUACUGGAGACCGGGGAAAUCUUGGAAAAUGUGAGCAGUUCUUCCUUGAAUUGAUGAAGGUUCCUCGUGUAGAGGCCAAGUUAAGGGUCUUUUGUUUUAAAAUCCAGUUUAAUGCACAGACAGCCGAUAUAAGAAAGAGUUUGUAUGCUGUUGACGCUUCGUGUGAAGAGAUUCGUAACUCAAACAAGCUAAAGGAAAUCAUGAAGAAAAUUCUAUAUCUAGGAAAUACACUUAAUCAGGGAACUGCAAGAGGUGCUGCUGUUGGUUUCCGUUUAGAUAGCCUCCUCAAACUAUCAGAUAUGCGUGCUACGAACAACAGGAUGACUCUCAUGCAUUAUCUUUGUAAGGUCCUCGCUUCAAGGUCACCACAUCUGCUGGAUUUCCAUGAGGAUUUUAUCAGCCUAGAAGCGGCAUCUAAGAUACAAUUGAAGACUUUAGCUGAAGAACAACAAGCUGUGGUCAAAGGAUUAGAGAAGGUUGAGAUGGAGCUGAUCGCUUCAGAAAGCGAUGGGGUAAUAUCUGAGACUUUUCGUAAGACUUUGAAGGAUUUUACUGUGGUUGCUGGAGCUGAAGUUCGGUCACUAACAGCACUUUAUAAUGCAGUGGGUCAAAAUGCAGAUGGUCUUGUUCUUUAUUUUGGCGAAGACCCUGCUCGCUGCUCCUUUGAACAAGUCAUCACCACUCUUAUGAACUUUGUUCGGAUGUUCCGACGAGCACAUGAAGAAAAUUGCAAGCAGGCCGAACUUGAGAAGAAAAAAGCACAUGAGUCCAACAAAAUACAAAUUUCCAAUAAAUUGAAGUGUAGGUGACUUCAGUUCUUGCCAGAAAAACCACUUUUCACCAUUUUUGGCAUACUUUCAGACUUGAACAUGACACCAACAUCAACAUAUAAGAAUUGGGUAUUUUUGAAAUCUUUGGAUGAUCCACUGAUCCAUUCUAUUUGUUCCAGCCUUGCAUACCCUCUCACCUUUGUACAAAGCUAAUCCCACUAUUCUUUAAUUCUUUCUUUAGCAUUAUUGUUAUAAUUUGUUUAGAUGAGAGAAAUUGAUUUGUUACAGUAAUUUAGUGUGAAUCCUAAAUUUAAAUUUGUCUAUGUACAACAUUACAGCUUCGAGCAUUACAAGAAGAAAAAGCCAGCAGGGGAGCUGAUCAUAGAAA